AUGGAAGCUAUUUACAAUGAAAUAGCUUCUGGGAAAGAUACAGGCUUCCAGGAUCUUAUCAAGACAUGGGAAAUUAGAUGCCAAGACUGUUAUGAACGAAUCCAGAAUGACCUACAUAUUGAUCUGAAUGCUCUCCAGGAUCCAGAUGUAUCUCUCGAUUAUAUCAAAGCUCAGAAUAUUGAUACUCAGACAGUUGUUGACCAGCUGCGACACAUUAUUCGUCUGCGGGCCUCUUUGAUAACAGAGCUUGAUGAAAUCACCAAAUUGCGAAUAGAGCUUGAAGAUUCGGAGUCCAUAUCCGAGGUGCAUAUUGCCCUGUACCGAGUCAAUGCUGAGAAAAGACGUCUUGACGUGGAACUUAGAAAAACCAAAGAACAAUGUGAGUCUUCUCUUGUAGACCACUAUGGACUGCUCUUCCUUUUCAUUAGUAUUUUCUCUUUAUGCUUUUUUGAAUUUAUAGUUCGACAACCUUUCAAAAUUAUGUGGCCCUUUUCUUCAACUUGA